GUCAUGUGGAUAACGAAUCCUACUUGGUGAAAGCGCUUGAAAAAAUUGGCCAAAACGCCACUUCCAAAGAACACGAAGAAAUUAUAGGAAACGCUUUUUUAAAAUUCGCCGUAGUAACUCAAGAACUUUCCGCUCUCAUGAAAACUCUAAUGCAAAAUUUGAAUAACAUAGUCAUGUUUCCGCUGGACAACCUGCUGAAAGGUGAUUUGAGGGGAGUGAAAGGGGACUUGAAGAGGCCAUUCGAUAAAGCUUGGAAGGAUUACGAGAGCAAAUACGCGAAAAUCGAAAAGGAAAAAAAGCAACAGGCCAAAGAUGCUGGAUUGAUUAGAUCGGAAGUGACUGCACCCGAGAUUGCCGACGAAAUGGAGAAAGAGAGGCGUCUCUUUCAGUUGCAAAUGUGCGAAUAUUUAAUCAAGUAUAAUGAAAUUAAAACAAAAAAAGGAAUCGAUUUGCUUCAAAGUUUGGUGGAAUAUUACCAUGCUCAAACAAAUUAUUUCCAAGAUGGACUGAAAACAAUUGAACAUUUUGGAAACUAUGUAGCAGAUCUAAGUAUAAGAUUACAGAAAAUCCGUCAAGCUCAAGAUGAAGAGAAAAGAAAGUUGUGUGAUCUGAGAAAUUUGAUAAAGACAACUCCUAGUUUAGAAAAAGAAGUAGCUUCUCAAUUAGACAAAGGAGCAGCUGGGUAUUCUUUGCAUCAGCUUCAAGGAGACAAACAUCAUGGUCUAACUCGAACUGGACAUUUACUCAAAAAAUCUGAAGGAAAGAUGAGAAGGGUGUGGCAAAAGAGGAAGUGUAGGGUUCAAGCUGAAGGAUACUUGGAUAUUUGUCAUGCGGAUGAGAAUAAACCUCCAACUAGAGUUAAUUUACUUACUUGCCAAAUAAAGAUUGUGCCAGAUGACAAAAGAGGCUUCGAUUUGAUAUCAUAUAAUAGAACAUACCAUUUUCAAGCAGAAGAUGAAGCUGAUCAGAGAGCUUGGAUGUCGGUGUUGAUAAAUUGUAAAGAAAUGGCACUAAUGAAAGCAUUCGAUGAUAGUAGUAAAACUGGUGGUGAUAAGGUCAAUCAUAGUUUCAUAGAACUUCAACAAGCCAUCAUCAAAUAUAUACAAAAAAUUUCGGGAAACGAUAGAUGUUGUGAUUGUAAUUCUCAGAAUGAUGCUACUUGGCUGUCAACAAAUUUUGGAAUUAUUGUGUGUAUUGAGUGUUCGGGUAUACACAGGGAUUUAGGAGUUCACAUAAGUCGAAUACAAUCUUUAACUUUAGAUAAUGUCGGAACUAGUCAGUUAGUCCUUGCUAGGUUCAUGGGAAAUCACUCAUUUAAUGACAUUAUGGAAGCUCAGCUAUCACCAAAUGACAAGUUGGAUCCUGGAAGUUCAAUGGAUGAAAGGCUGAAUUUCAUUCGGGCUAAAUAUGUAGAUAAAAGAUUUUCCAUGAAAUUAUGUGAUUCAGAAAGAGAAAAAAUGUAUGAACUAGAAGAGGCUAUCAGUAGAGGUGAUUUACAGAUGCUUCUUCAAACAUUUGCAGAACAUGUCGACUUCAGUGCCACCAUUCCUUCAUCAAAAAUCGGCGAAACUGCCCUGCAUCGAGCCAUACUCAAUGAAGUUGGCCACACAUUGCAUAUCGUAGAUUUUUUAAUUCAAAACAUGUCGAAUUCAGCUAUAGACAAAACGACGAACCCACCUGCCAUCCCCGAAAUGAGUGGAUCAAACACUGCUUUACAUUUGUGUGCAUUGCAUGAUAAAGUGGAAUGCAUGAAGCUGUUGCUUCGAAGUGGUGCGGAUGCCACCAUAAGGAACUCGCACAAUAAAACUGCUAUGGAUAUUGCUCAGGAAAUGGGCAACAAUACCUGUCAGGAGCUGCUGCAAAAUGCUGCGAAUCGGUUAAAAAACUAUUUUGAUAAUAUCAAUAUAGACUGGAAUUUGUCACAUGAUGAUGGGUCUACGGAUUUUUCAGAUGAUGAAACGAUCAUUGAGGAUAGAAAUGGAUCUUUCACUCCUGAGAAGAAACAUCGAUUGAGACCUCCCAGUUACACAGCUAUGGUUCAUAGUAGUUUAAAGAAGAGAGCAGCCCCUAUGCCCCCUCCUACUAGUUCUUUGCAAUAUGGUACGUUACCUAGCAGCCAUAGCAGAACUCCGUCAGAUCCCAUUGCAGCGGGAUACCAUACUCUUAGUCAUACUCAUAAGCGUACACCGAGCAGUGAUUCUAGUUCGGGUAGAUCUGUGAUACCAAUCGGAAAUAAACUAGUCAUGGCAGAUUGCAAAAAUUCUGAUAAAUUCGCUUCUGUGAGAAGACCCCAAAACCCUCCUCCCCCAGCCCCAAAUACAUCGUCAAGUCGACUGUCCAACGGUCGUUCAACAGAAAGUAUUGCAUCUAUGGCAUCUGACAUUGACGUUUCAGGAAUGACACAUAACCCUAUUCCACCCCCUAGAAGAGCGUCGGACUCGCCUCCUCAUAGAAAAUCCUCUAGUCCUAUAUCUACUAGUUCACUGUGUUCACCUCGGUCGAUACCCACUAGUGGAAGGUUAUCGUACACUUCAAAUGGUAACACAGUGUUACGACGAUGUAAAGCACUCUAUGACUGUGUAGCUGACAACGACGAUGAGCUGUCAUUCCAAGAAGGCGAAAUUAUAAUUGUCAUCAAUGAACACACCGACGAUGACAACUGGAUGGAGGGUAUGGUGGAAAAUGAGCCAGAACGGACCGGGAUGUUUCCUAUUAGUUUUGUUCACAUGCUGCCAGAUUAGUAGCCAAAACCUCAUAUAAUCGGUGUAAAAAUAAAGUAAUAUAUAUUUUUGAUGUAAAUGGUUUAAUGACGAGAUGAAAUAGAGAGAAAAUAAGUUA